CCCCGCGCCGCCACCCGCAGCCUCGCCCGGCCGUGCGCGCCCCUGGGUGCCCCCCGAACCCCCCCGGCACCGAGACAUGGCCCCCAUCGGACUCAAGGCUGUGGUGGGAGAGAAGAUUAUGCACGAUGUGAUCCGGAAAGUGAAGAAGAAGGGGGAAUGGAAGGUGCUGGUGGUGGACCAGCUGAGCAUGCGCAUGCUCUCGUCCUGCUGCAAGAUGACCGACAUCAUGACAGAGGGCAUAACCAUUGUAGAAGACAUCAACAAGCGCCGGGAGCCGCUGCCCAGCCUGGAGGCCGUGUACCUCAUCACCCCCUCUGAGAAGUCCAUCCACUCCCUCAUCAACGACUUCAAGGAUCCUCCCACCUCCAAGUACAGAGCUGCCCACGUCUUCUUCACUGACUCCUGUCCCGACGCCCUCUUCAAUGAGCUGGUGAAAUCCCGCGCCGCCAAGGUCAUCAAAACCCUGACUGAGAUCAACAUUGCCUUCCUCCCCUCCGAGUCCCAGGUUUAUUCUCUGGAUUCAGCUGACUCCUUCCAAAGCUUUUACAGCCCACACAAGGCCCAGAUGAAGAACCCGAUCCUGGAGCGCCUGGCAGAGCAGAUUGCCACGCUCUGUGCCACCCUGAAGGAGUACCCAGCCGUGCGGUACCGCGGGGAUUACAAGGACAAUGCCAUGCUGGCACAGCUCAUCCAGGACAAGCUGGAUGCCUACAAGGCUGAUGACCCCACCAUGGGUGAGGGUCCAGACAAGGCUCGCUCCCAGCUGCUCAUCCUGGACCGCGGCUUUGACCCCGCGUCGCCGGUGCUGCACGAGCUGACCUUCCAGGCCAUGAGCUACGACCUGCUGCCCAUCGAGAACGACGUCUACAAGUACGAGACCAGUGGCAUUGGUGAGGCCCGCAUCAAGGAGGUUCUCCUGGAUGAGGAUGACGACCUGUGGGUCACCCUGCGCCACAAACACAUCGCCGAGGUGUCCCAGGAGGUGACCCGGUCCCUGAAGGAGUUUUCUUCCAGCAAGAGGAUGAACACGGGUGACAAGACCACCAUGAGGGACCUGUCCCAGAUGCUGAAGAAGAUGCCACAGUACCAGAAGGAGCUGAGCAAGUACUCCACCCACCUGCACCUGGCUGAGGACUGCAUGAAGCACUACCAGGGCACUGUGGACAAGCUGUGCCGAGUUGAGCAGGACCUGGCCAUGGGCACCGAUGCUGAAGGUGAGAAGAUCAAGGACCCCAUGAGGGCCAUUGUCCCCAUCCUGCUGGAUGGCAACGUCAGCACCUAUGACAAGAUCCGCAUCAUCUUGCUCUACAUCUUCCUGAAGAACGGAAUCACCGAGGAGAACCUGAACAAGCUGAUCCAGCAUGCUCAGAUCCCGGCAGAGGACAGCGAGAUCAUCACCAACAUGGCCCACCUCGGGGUGCCCAUCAUCACAGACUCCACGCUGCGCCGCCGGAGCAAGCCGGAGCGCAAGGAGCGCAUCAGCGAGCAGACCUACCAGCUGUCCCGGUGGACCCCAGUGAUCAAGGACAUCAUGGAGGAUGCCAUCGAUGACAAGCUGGACACCAAGCACUACCCGUACAUCUCCACCCGCUCCUCCGCCUCCUUCAGCACCACUGCCGUCAGUGCCCGCUAUGGCCACUGGCACAAGAACAAGGCCCCCGGCGAGUACCGGAGCGGGCCCCGCCUCAUCAUCUUCAUCCUGGGCGGGGUGAGCAUGAACGAGAUGCGCUGCGCCUACGAGGUGACACAAGCCAGCGGCAAGUGGGAGGUGCUAAUAGGGUCCACGCACAUCCUCACCCCACAGAAACUGCUGGACACGCUGAAGAAACUCAAUAAAACAGAUGAAGAGAGCAGCAGUUAAAAGGAAACGCUGUCACCACUCGAUGCCGACCCACGUCCCCGCCGGGCGCCCGGCCCCGGGUGCCACCCUGCACCCAGUGGGCCCCAGCUUCUCUCUUGUUCUUGUGUUGAUCCCCCCUCUCCCCUCCCAGCGCCUCCCCCAUCUCAUUUUAUCCACAGGGAGGGGAUAACAGCCAAAAAAAAAAAUAAUAUAUAUAUAUAUAUAUUAAGAAAAUGGAUGCAUUGUGUUUAAGAGAAAAAGGAAAAAAAAAAUCUAUAUAUUUGUAGCUGCAGCUGUGGGAAGCGCCCAGGAGCUCAUUGCUGAGUAACCAUCUGCCCAUUGCUAGUGAAUAUGGUGGGGAAAAUGACAGAAAAACACUUUUUUUUUUGGGGAAUGCUCCUGACUGGGGUCUUGUGUGGAUGGGAGGACAGAUGGACGGACACCCCACACCGCUCCAGCCGCUGCUCAGGCAGGCACCAGGCUGGCACCACCAUCUGUCCCAUGGCUUUUGGGGCGAUGGCUGCUCCUGCCAGAUGUGCACGCCAACAUCUGGGUGGGACUUUGGGAGGGGGGUGGUGUGGGAGUGCAGCCAGGACGCUUCACACCGUGGUAAUUCCCAUGUGAAAAGGGACCAAACCGGUCAAAACUGGGAGCUGGGGCCCCGCCCGCUUGCACAGCCCUGCUGCAGCCCUGCCUCCCUCUCUGGGAAUUCCUU